GCCUGCCCGGCUCGACCCACGCGGCGCGGCGUGGUGACGCCUGCGCUGCCCGAGGAAGGGGCGGGGCCGGGGCGGGCCUCCGCGCUCCUCCCGCCCUCUCUCUGUCCGGACUCUCCCUCCCCUUCCCUCCCCCACACUCGGCCCCGUCAGCUCGGGGGUGCUUUCGUCGCGUAGCGUCUCGUCUGCCCGGCCCGGCCAGGCCAGCGGGCAAAUGCCCCGAGCUGCCGCGGCCGCCGCCGCCGACUCGGCCGGUGGCGGUGUGGGAGGCAGGCGACCAGCCCGGGGCCGCUGAGUGUGACAGACGGGGCCGGGGGCCGCUAGGCGCCCCGGCGUCGGUGGCUCUGCGCGGAUCAUGUAUUUCCUGAGCGGCUGGCCCAAGAGGCUGCUUUGCCCUCUGGGGAGCCCGGCCGAGGCGCCUUUCCACGUUCAGUCCGACCCGCAGAGGGCUUUCUUCGCGGUGCUGGCCCCGGCCCGCCUCAGCAUCUGGUACAGCCGACCUAGUGUGUUAAUUGUAACCUACAAGGAAUCCACAAAAUCAUCUACUCAGUUUGGAUCCUACAAGCAAACUGAAUGGAGGCCAGAUAGUACCAUGAUAGCUGUGUCAACGGCACAUGGCUACAUCUUGUUUUUUCAUAUUACAUCUGCAAGAGGGGACAAGUACCUUUAUGAACCAGUGUAUCCCAAAGGAAGUCCGCAAAUGAAGGGGACACCCCAUUUCAAGGAAGAACAGUGUGCUCCUGCAUUAAAUUUAGAAAUGAAGAAAAUACUGGAUUUGCAAGCACCUAUUAUGAGUUUGCAGUCUGUAUCAGAAGAUCUCCUAGUUGCUACUUCUGAUGGACUUCUUCAUCUUAUUCACUGGGAAGGAAUGACAAAUGGGAGGAAAGCCAUUAAUCUUUGCACAGUACCCUUUUCAGUAGACCUACAGUCAUCUAGAGGUUCAUUUCUGGGCUUUGCAGAUGUGUACAUCAGAGACAUGGAAUAUUGUGCCACAUUGGAUGGGUUUGCUGUUGUGUUUAAUGACGGUAAAGUUGGAUUUAUUACACCAGUAUCAAGUAGAUUCACUGCAGAGCAGCUUCAUGGAGUUUGGCCACAAGAUGUUGUUGAUGGAACGUGUGUAGCAGUAAAUAACAAGUAUCGGUUAAUGGCAUUUGGUUGUGCAAGUGGUUCUGUGCAGGUUUAUACAAUAGAUAACACCACUGGAGCCAUGCUUCUAUCUCAUAAAUUAGAACUAACAGCAAAACAGUAUCCUGACAUUUGGAAUAAAACAGGAGCUGUUAAAUUGGUCAGAUGGUCUCCUGACAAUAGUGUUGUAAUAGUUACCUGGGAAUAUGGAGGCCUUUCUUUAUGGAGCGUGUUUGGAGCCCAGCUGAUUUGUACACUUGGAGGAGAUUUUGCUUAUAGGUCUGAUGGCACCAAAAAAGAUCCUCUUAAGAUAAACUCUAUGAGCUGGGGUGCAGAAGGUUAUCACCUGUGGGUAAUCAGCGGAUUUGGUUCUCAACACAAUGAAAUUGAAUCUGACUUCAGGAGUAUAAUUAAGCAGCCCAGCAUUCUGCUCUUUCAGUUCAUCAAGAGUGUACUCACUGUAAACCCUUGUAUGAGUAACCAAGAGCAAGUAUUGCUUCAGGGGGAGGAUCGCUUGUAUUUGAACUGUGGAGAGGCCUCCCAAACCCAGAAUCCCAGGAGUUCUUCAGCACACUCCCAGCACAAGCUUGGUCAGGACAGAAGCCCAUUCGCAGAUGGAGGAUUAGAGUCUCAGAGUUUAAGCACUUUACUUGGACAUAGGCAUUGGCAUGUUGUACAGAUUUCCAGCACCUAUCUAGAGAGCAAUUGGCCAAUACGGUUUUCAGCUAUCGAUAAACUUGGACAGAAUAUUGCUGUCGUUGGCAAGUUUGGUUUUGCACAUUACUCGUUGCUCACCAAAAAAUGGAAACUUUUUGGAAACAUUACUCAGGAACAAAAUAUGAUUGUGACAGGUGGCUUAGCCUGGUGGAAUGAUUUUAUGGUCCUUGCAUGUUAUAACAUGAGUGACCAUCAAGAAGAGCUCAGAGUAUACUUAAGAACAUCAAAUCUGGACAAUGCCUUUGCUCAUGUAACCAAAACACAAGCAGAAACAUUACUGCUCAGUGUCUUCCGGGACAUGAUAAUAGUAUUUAGAGCAGACUGUUCAAUAUGCCUUUAUAGUAUUGAAAGAAAAUCAGAUGGUCCAAAUACUACUGCUGGCAUUCAGGUUCUUCAGGAGGUCUCCAUGUCACGUUACAUUCCUCAUCCUUUCCUGGUAGUAUCUGUCACUCUGACAUCAGUGAGUACAGAGAAUGGAAUCACCUUGAAAAUGCCACAGCAGGCUCGUGAUGCAGAGAGCAUUAUGCUAAACCUUGCAGGACAGCUCAUUAUGAUGCAGAGGGACAGGUCAGGCCCGCAGAUCCGGGAGAAGGACAGCAACCCGAACCAAAGGAAACUUCUGCCCUUCUGUCCUCCUGUUGUGCUGGCCCAGUCUGUUGAAAAUGUCUGGACUACGUGUCGAGCAAAUAAACAGAAACGGCACCUUCUGGAGGCCCUCUGGCUGAGCUGUGGUGGUGCAGGCAUGAAAGUUUGGCUGCCUCUCUUCCCUAGGGAUCACCGCAAGCCCCAUUCCUUCUUGUCUCAGCGGAUCAUGCUGCCUUUCCACAUCAAUAUUUAUCCACUGGCUGUUCUGUUUGAAGACGCGUUAGUCCUUGGUGCUGUCAAUGACACUUUGCCCUAUGAUUCUUUGUAUACCCGGAACAGUGCAAGGGAACAGCUGGAGGUGCACUUCCCUUUCUGUGUUGUGGAGAGAACCUCUCAGAUCUACCUCCACCACAUUCUCCGUCAGCUUCUGGUCAGGAACCUUGGGGAGCAAGCCUUGCUCUUGGCUCAGUCCUGUGCUGCGUUACCUUACUUUCCUCAUGUGCUAGAGCUCAUGCUCCAUGAAGUGCUGGAAGAAGAAGCUACCUCACGGGAACCCAUUCCCGACCCUCUGCUUCCCACUGUGGCAAAAUUUAUCACCGAGUUCCCCCUCUUCCUGCAGACAGUUGUUCAUUGUGCCAGGAAGACUGAAUAUGCCCUGUGGAAUUACCUUUUUGCAGCUGUUGGAAACCCCAAGGACUUAUUUGAGGAAUGUUUGAUGGCUCAGGAUUUGGACACAGCUGCCUCUUACCUUAUUAUCUUACAGAAUAUGGAAGUCCCAGCAGUAAGUAGGCAACAUGCCACCCUUCUAUUCAACACAGCACUGGAACAAGGCAAGUGGGACCUAUGUCGACACAUGAUUCGAUUUCUUAAAGCCAUUGGCUCUGGAGAAUCUGAGACACCUCCAUCCACACCCACAGCUCAGGAACCCAGCUCAAGUGGUGGAUUUGAGUUCUUCAGGAAUCGGAGCAUCAGUUUAUCCCAGUCAGCUGAAAAUGUUCCUCCUAGUAAAUUCAGCUUACAAAAAACACUAAGUAUGCCAUCUGGUCCUUCUGGAAAAAGGUGGAGUAAAGACAGUGACUGUGCUGAGAACAUGUACAUUGACAUGAUGCUCUGGAGACACGCUCGGCGCCUCUUAGAGGAUGUGCGAUUGAAGGACCUUGGCUGUUUUGCAGCCCAACUGGGCUUUGAACUAAUUAGUUGGCUGUGUAAGGAACGUACUCGAGCUGCCCGAGUAGACAACUUUGUGGUAGCCCUGAAGAGACUCCACAAAGAUUUCCUGUGGCCAUUUCCCAUCAUCCCAGCCUCUUCUAUCAGUUCUCCUUUCAAAAAUGGGAAAUACCGAACAGUGGGAGAGCAGCUGUUAAAGUCUCAGUCAGCUGAACCUUUUUUAAACCUUGAGAUAGAUACUGGCAUCCCUAAUAUCCAACGAAGUCAAAGCUGGCUUGGCAACAUUGGCCCUACCCAUCAUGAAGUAGACACGGCCUCAUCCCAAGGACCACAAAUGCAAGAUGCCUUCCUGUCACCUUUAUCUAAUAAAGCAGGUGAUGAAUGCAGUAUUGGUUCAGCCACAGACUUGACUGAAAGUAGCUCCAUGGUGGAUGGGGACUGGACAAUGGUGGAUGAAAAUUUCUCCACACUCAGUUUGACUCAGUCUGAGCUAGAGCACAUCUCCAUGGAGCUGGCAAGUAAAGGGCCUCACAAAUCCCAAGUCCAGCUUCGGUAUUUACUACAUAUCUUCAUGGAGGCAGGAUGUCUGGACUGGUGCAUUGUCAUAGGUCUGAUUCUUAGAGAAUCCUCAAUAAUCAACCAGAUUUUGGUUAUUACUCAGUCUUCAGAGGUAGAUGGAGAGAUGUUACAGAACAUAAAGACAGGGCUACAUGCCGUGGACCGAUGGGCCUCUACAGAUUGCCCUGGAUAUAAGCCAUUUUUAAACGUCAUUAAGCCACAACUGCAGAAGCUCAGUGAGAUAACAGAAGAACAGGCUCAGCCUGAUGCCUUCCAGCCAGUCACAGCGGCUAAGACUCCUGAACAGACUAGCCCCCGGGCCGAGGAGAGCAGGAGCUCCUCCAGCCAUGGAAGCAUCCCCCAGGGCGAGAUCUUGGGGACCAGUGUGGUCAGCCGCAAAGAGGAGGACAUGACUCGGGCACAGGAGGAAGAACCUUUUCAGGAUGGGACUUACGACUGUUCUGUGUCCUAACAAUGCGGUGUCAUCACGACAGGCAGUAUUAAUUAGUAGCAGCAUGCAACUGAGUACACUGUGACCUAGUUGGAUGAUUUAAAGGGGAAGAGAACCCAGCUCAGAGACUCUUUGGUAAAGUAUUAUUAGAUUUUAAAUAAGAAAUCUCUUUGACUCCAUAAAAAUGUGAUAUCAAAUAAAGCAUCUUUCUUAAAAAAAUUUCUUAAGCUGCAUUAGAAAGUAAUAAAACAUACUGUACAUAUGUACAUAAGAAUAUUUUGGUUUUAUUCAAAGGUUGGUAGCUCUUAAACCACAGGGAUUGUUUGGCCUGGGGUGAGCUUACUUUUUCACUACUUAUAGCUUCUUAUACGUUUUCUGGUAGAGUGUGUAUCCAGACUGCUUUUUAAAAAUAAAUGCUAAGGUGCUUGCGAUAGAUAGCUCAUCGGGUACUCGAGCUACCUUUUUGCUGCCUUGGACAGAGCUCACUGGACUCCCUAAUUGGACCUACUGAACAGAUGCCUACCCUGGCACAGUGAGGAUACUUCGAAAAGCUCAAAGCAGAGUUAAAAGGCUUUUAUUUUGGUGUAAAAUAUGCAGGAUCUUCAAAAAGUUCAUGAAGUUGAGUAUCAUAACAUAUUGGUGGAUUUUAAAAUUCUUUGCACCAAAAUAAACCCAUCUUUUAGUUCCAUUUUUCAUGAGCUGUUUUCAAGUACCCUUGAUGUGUCAGUGUGAGAGACAUUCUCCUUGGCUUUACCAGCCUGUUAAAUCCCAGUCCUGAAUCAGUGCAGGCUGUUUACCCAUGAGUUAAUGUGCCUGUCUGAGCAAGCUUUAUUCCUGCUAGAUCAGUGCGGGCAAAGGUCUGAGGGAUGCUUACCAAUUAUGCUGUCAGAUACCACUAAACUAUUUUGUAUCAAAGAACUGUCUCUUUUUUGUGAAUACUCUGGUGUAAAUAUACCCAAAGGCACUACUCAUAUUUUUAGUGCUUGUAUUAUAAUUUCUAAGGUUUUAUGCCAGAUUCUGCAUGACUAUACUCUUAAGAAUGAAAACAGGGCUCGCUUUUCUUUACAAAAAUGAGCUGUCUUCAUAAAGGAAGACAGGUGUAUUGGCUUCAUUGGUCAUAAAGUAACAAAAAUGGUCACAAUGAUCAUGAAAUGGAACAGAUUUUGUGCAAAUUAACGUAGUUUAUUAUUUAUUGCUUUUGUAAAUUGAAUAAAAAUGGAUUUUUAUGUAAAUAGACUGCUGAAUCCUGUAUUAUCACGGCUACUAAAAUUAGUAUGUAAAGAAUGCAUUCUUCAUUGUAAACUUUAAAAGUAUUUUAUGUAUUUGUAGAUGACUUAAAUUUUAGUUUUCAUACAUUAUGAAAACAGAACUGCAUAUUCCUUAAUUGCUUCAGACUAAACACAUAUCCACUGUAUGUAAUUCUAAUUACCUUAUUACAGUAUUAAUUUAGAUAGCUUGUUUGUACUGUGCAAUUUGAACAAGGAAUGCAAUGUUAUUUUUUACAAAAACAAACUUAUUUUUAUAAUAACAAUGUAUUUGAUAUGGACCAAAUUCGUACCACUAUGUAAAACAGCCUCUCUUCUCACAGUGCAAUUUAGUUUAGAAACAAAAUUUGGUCCUCUCCUGGCUUUUUAAAGUAAGUACCUAGGUUUGGUUGUGUUAGCCAGGUUUCCUUUGAAGAGAAACUCAAACUAUUUUGAAUUGUUUAGCUCCAAAUUCAUCAAACUAUUCAAAAUUAUUGAGUUUGGGAAUUUACUGUUAUUUACUUUUUACAUUAGAAGUGCAAUAAUUUCACUUAAUAAAACUGAACAGAUGGAAUAUAUUUUUAUUGGUACCUGGUCCUUCUGGUGCUACUUUUAUUUAAGCCUGCUUCAAACCACCUUUCCCGGAAUCUUUAGAUAGAAAAUACUGGUUCCCCGAUGAGUACAUGCAAUCCAGCAAGAAAACAAACUGAAAUCUCUUCUCCUGUCCUAGUCCAUUAGGGAGAAGAACCAGCAUUACUUGUGUGUGUGUGUUGUGAAUACUCAGUCAAUAAAAAUGAUUUACCAUUAUAAACCCCUGUGAUGUUUUCAAGUAUCUAAAUGAACACUGUGCUGCCAAGUUUACACUCUUGAAAGCAGGGCACCAACAAGUUAACUUUAUUCCUGUGGUCUAGGCCUUGAAUGAAUCAUUUCCUCUACUAAUAAAAAAAAUUUUUUUCAACUAAGAAAUAGGCCCAAGGCAAGAAAUUUGGUAAGUUUACAUUUUUUCUUUGAUAAUUCAUUUAUUAUAUACUUUAAUUUUAAAAACUCAUUUUUAUUUUGCUGUGUGGUUUGGUUCACAUAUCAACUGUUUAAAGCCAUAAUUUUAACCAAUGAAUUUAAAUAAGUAUAACUAUUUGAAGUUUAGUAGAUUCCCGAGAAUUAUUUGCUGAUACCAAAAGAAACCAUUUAGGGGUAUAGUCAACAUUUGCUUGUAAUUAAAUUUGUUGCUACUUCUGUAAUUUGUAUUUUUUUUUAACUUGGUAAAGGGCAAUAAAAACUGUUGCACAAACUUUUGUUUAUUUGUCAUCUCAGGUAACAGCAGAAGUAUGUAUUUAAGCCUCAAAAGUAUGUUAAUGUUAUAAUUCCACCUUUUAGGAUUUUCUUAAGUAACUAGAAAUUCAGAGAUGUAUUUAAAUAUUAUAUAUCAAUGUAUAGUGGGAAAAGCAAAGAGUUGGCAAUACUGUAGGUAGCUGACAGAUGAAUAUUGGAAAAACAGAAGAAAAUAAUGACAUGGAAAAAUGUUCAGGAUAUAAUUUUGUGAUAUAGAAUUUUGUUUGGUAAAGAUCAUAAUUUUCUGUCGGUGUAUAGUCAAGUAGGCAUCAUCUCUGAUAGGUGGGGUUAAAAAGGAGUUUGGUUUUUUCCCCUUUUCAUAUAUUUCUGAAUCUGCUUUCUGCUUCUGGAUCUACCUAUACCGGAUAUUUCAUAUAAAUAGAAUUAUAUAAUCAUAUAAAUGGUCUUUUCUGUCUGGUUUCUUUUAUUUGGCAUGAUGUUGUCAAAAUUCAUCCUUGUCCAUCACUACUGGUUUUUAAUAUUUAGUAUUUUCAUCUACCUUAACAGCACAGCAAGAGAGUGAUCUUCCAUCUACUUCCAUCAUUUGGUUCACUCCCCCAAAUGCCUACAAUAGCCAGGGCUGGGCCAUGCUGAAGCCAGGAGCCCAAGACUUCCUCUGGGUCUCCCAUGUAUUUGGCAGGAGCCCAAGCACUUGCGCUACCAUCUACUGGAUCCCAAGAUGCAUUAGCAGGAAGCUGGAUCAGAAGCAGAGGUGCUGGGACUUGAACCGGCACUCUGACAGGAGAUGCAGGCAUCCUGAGCAAUAGCUUGACCCUGUGUACCACAAUACCAAGCCUCCCACUCCUUUUCUAUUUUUAUUUGAAUGGCAGAGAGACAAAUUCCUCAGUCUAGUGGUUCACUUCCCAAAUGUCACAACAGCCAGGGCCAGGCCCGUUCAGUCCAAAGCCAAGAGCUAGGAACUUGAUCCAAGUCUUCCAACGUGGAUGACAAGGGCUCAACCACCUGAGCCAUUAUGUACUGCCUCAAAGGGUGCAUAUUAGGAAGCCAGAAUUAGGAGUCAGAACUGAAACUCAGGCAUUUCAGUAUGGGAUGCAGGCUUCCCAAUUGCUGAGCAAAGGUGCCCACCCCAAUUCCCGUUUUUAAGGUUAAAUAUUCCAUUAUACAGAUAUACCACUUUUUAUCCAUUGAGCAGUUGAAGGUGGAGUUUUCUUCCAUUGACUAUAAUGCAUACUACUACAAUGAACAGUCACAUACGGUAAUGUUCCCCCUCCUACCCCGGCCAAUCAGGGGGUUGUUACCCAUGGUCAACCAUGGUCCAGUCAAUAGAAAAGUUUCAGGAAUUUUAAGUAACUUUUACCAAAAUAUAUUGUUAGAACUAGUCUACUUUAUUAGUUGUUAACUCUGUGACUAAUUUAUAAAUUUGAGUAGCUAAGUAGAGAAAUAAAUCAUAGUAUAUAUAGUACUUGAUACUAUCUGCAGUUUCAGGAAUCCAUUAUUGAUGUAUUGAAGUGUAUCUCUGAAUAAGGUAGGACUUUUGUAUACUUUUCUGUGUGGACAUAUGUUUUCAGUUAUCUCUAGAUUCCAGGAGUGGAAUUGCUAGGCCAUUUGUUAGUGAUUUUUUUAAGGAAAUGCCGAACUUAAUUCCAAAGUGCCUGCACUAACAUUCCCACUAGCAGAGGAUAACAUUUCCGUUUUGUACCAGUGUUACUUUUUGGUUAUAGCCUAAGUUAUGUGUGAAAUGGGUAUAUCAUUAUAGUUUAGAAUUUCAGUUCCCUAAUGCCCAUGUAACAUCUUUUCAUGUGAUUAUCUGAAGAAAAAUGUCUAUUCACAUACUUUGACCAUUUUUCAGUUAGGUGGUUUCUUUUUAUUGUUGAUUUUAAAAAGUUACAUUCUGGAUACUAGACCAUUAUCAGAUACAUAGGAUUUGUAAACACUUUUUCAUUCGUUGGCUUGUCUUUUUGCUUUCUUGACAGCUUCCCUUGAAACUGAGAUUCUUCAUUCUGGCAAAGUAUUUUUUGAUAGCUUGUGCUUUUGGUGUUAUAGCUAGAAAACCAUUGUCGUACCCAUGGUCAUGUUUAUUUGAAUUUACUCGAAAGACAAAUAGAUCCUCCAUCCAUUAAUCCACUCCCCCACAUCCCUCCAACAGCCAGAGCAAAGCUGUGAGUUCCAUCCGGUCUCCCAUGUAGGUGGUAAGAGCCCGAGUACCAACGCCAUCACCACUGCCUCCCCACGUGUGCAUAAGCAGGAAGUGGAGCUGGGACAGAACCUAGGCCCUCUGAUACAGGGUGAGGUAUCCCAAGCAAUGUCUUAACCACUCCACCUAAUAUGAAUGUAGCUCUAACAUGUAAGUCUCUGAUCCAUUUUGAAUUGAUGUUUAUAUAUAGCAUGAUGUAGGGGUCUUUUACAUGUGGACAGUCGAUCAGUCACCACAUACUGAAUUAUUUCUCCCCAUUAAAGAUGACUAUAAAUGUAUGUAUUAAUUUCUGAACUCUUAAUUGUACUCACACUGUAAUGAUCUAUAAGUCCUUUUACCAGUACUAUGCUUUUUUGGAUUACUGUAGCUUUAUAGGACUUUCUGGAAAUAUCAGUCAUAUUUUUAAGGCUUGGUUAGCUAUUCUGGGUCCCUUAUAUUCCAUUUGAAUUUUAGAAUCAGCUUGUACCAAGUUUGAUGGAAGUUCUAUUUGACCUAUAAAUCAAUUUGGAGAAUAUUGCCAUUUUAAGUCUUCCAAGUAGCAUAAGAUGUUUUCCCAUUUGUUUAGGCCUUUAAUUUGUUUUGUUUUAUAUCAUGUUUGCAACUGGAGGAGGUUUUAACUCUUCCUUUCUAAUGUGGAUGUCUUUGAUUUGCCAUAGUACUCUGGCUAGACAGAGCCACCAGUUGAAUCAGAAAUGCCCAUUUCUCUUCCUGCUCUUAGGGGGAAGCGUUCAGUCUUUCAUAGGUGACUUUGAUCAAAGAAAAUUCUUUUCCAGCUCUUAAGAUUUAAUGUGUGUAUUACAGUAUAUAAAUCCAUAAAGAGAAAAUGUCUGUUUUAUUGGCCCUGAAAAGACAGGCAUGUUUAGAAGCUGUUCUGUUGCUUCACCUUGUAUUAAACUGCAUUUGGUCAAUGGUAACUAAGAGGCAAUCUCCUCUCCCCUACCCACUAGCAAGAGGGCACCUUUAAUAACUUUUCCAUUUGAAAAAAGCAAUUGCUAAUUAUUUAAGAUUUUUAAAUAUGGUACAUUUCUGUGAAAUUCAAUCCCCAGUUAAAAAAAUGAAGUAAAUGAACAUCAAAAAGAUACCAACCAUUAUGUUAAAAAGUUUAUUUCCGUAACAUUGUAAGGCAACAAUUAAUCCUCAACAAGGCAGUAAACCAGAAUUGGACAGAUACAAUCAUCCUUCCUACAGCUUCCUGAGUCAGCAGGCUGGCUUGUGGCCCCCUCGGUGGUGACAUCUUAAGGAAUCCUAUGUUUACUUCUGCUAAACUGUGGAAACAAACACUUCAUGCGACACUCAUUCUUACAUCAACAUAAGGAAGUAAAUUCUUCAUAUUUUCCCUGAAUAUGGAGUACUGUGCUACUUGUAUUUAUUUCUGCAGAACAUAAUGCAUUUGAUAGAGCUUGGAAAGACCCUUUUAGAAGUUAUGCAAAUGCUCAGAUACUCUUUAAAAAAAAAAAAAAACUAACAUUCAUUACAGAGCCUACUGAUAUGACAAUGUACUUCCUAAUAGCGCCAUAAUAUUUAUGGUGAUCACUUGACCAUUUCCGAUACUAAAAUAACUACCUAAGAUGUUACCCUGGCCCUGAGACUAGUUAGCACAAUAUCAAAGCUAGAAAAUGCUGAAGAUAAGUGAAACCACCCCAAAGGAGAAUCAUGGUUGUCAAUGAAAAAACAACAUCCUCUCCAAAGUUUUUUUUCACAGAAGAUCCUCAAUAAUCUAUUUCAGAUUAACCACAGGGACAGAAAAUACGCCUGCCUUUUGAAAUUCAUUGAUAUAUUACUCUUUCCUUUUCUUUAUAACUGUGACUCUUACCAACUUACUACCAGCAAUACAGCAUUUCUACCAGGUCAAGUCACUGAUGCACCUUACCAUUCAGCUCUGCCUGCAUGAGCCCAGUCUUUAGGGAGUCACAAAUUAGGCAAGAUGAGCGUGAUUAAGAAAGCACAUCAUACACACUGUGCAGCUUUCCGUUGAGAUCUGAGGGGACCACUUUUCAGCGAGCAUUCUGCAUAUUCCCUUAGCUCCCCAAAAAUGUAAACCUUGCUUUCGUCUUCUUUGCUGUACCUUUUCUUUCAACUUUCUUUUGCCUAUGCAACUAAUGAGUUAAUGCCUUUCAAACUGAAAAGCGUCAGCACUGUGAUUAUGCAGGGUCUGAACACCAGCAACUCUGGGUACAGUGGGCUUAUUCCAGAACAGUCUCACGUGUCAGGAAAGCCAGUCUACGGUGCCGUAACUUACUGAGACACUACUCUAUUCACCUGGCUGGCAAGCACAAAGGGCCUAGGUCAUCAGUGUAAAAAGACUCCUACAAAACAGAAUAAAUACUUAGAAAAUUGUCACCUUAUCCCAACCACUCUCCUCCUACCCCACAAUAACCACAGUGGCAGUUCAGUGCUCUAAGGAAGUUAGGGUCAUGUACUUGCACAAAUACUAAAAACCAAAAAAAAAAGUAUGAAAUUCCUUAGGGAAAGGUAACGCAACCAAUCAAAUGGAUAGUUUCAGGGGUAAACAGCCUGAGUGGAUUUCAGUGACCACUAGUCAAGACACUUGUGUUAACCCCAGCAUACAGCACCCCAUCAGGUCCAGGCUUCGAGACAGAGAGAGAGGUUGCCUGAAGAAACAGCUCUCAGGUGCAGUGCUUCCCCCGUCCUUACGACAGCCACUUUCUACUGACCUAUGGAGUUAGAUCUCGAGGGGAAUCAUCACCGUAGUGAAGGGUGUUUUACCCACCAUCCUUGUCCUAACAGAGGGUCUUGCUCUAACUGGAAAUGACAAGUCCCACUGAGAAUGGUCUGAUGGUUUACAUGUUUCCUUCCUAGAAGGACAGCUACUAAAGUGGUUGUUGGCUUUUGUCCUUAAGGUCAUAUACAAUGACAGUGGCAAUACCCACAUGUGCUUAAGUGCCAGAAAACUGGCAUUUUCAAGUGUCAAAAAGGCCAUGCAUGUCUCACAGCUUAACCAUUACAGUGCUUGGCCCUGAAAAGUGUUAACCAAAAAAGCUCUUCAAACAUAUGUGCAUUAAACUCAUUGACUUACGUUACAAACAUCCACGUAACAUAGGGAGAAACUGUGUCACAUGGAGUAUCCACUGGGCAUGUACUUAGAGCUCAUCCCCAAGACUAAAACACAAAGACAUUGUAGGUGCACACCCAGGCAGAAGGAAACGACCAAUCUGGGAACCUCUCCUUCAGAGCAUCCAGUGACAGGGAUCUCUUGUCUUCCCCAGAUAGAUAGUGGGCAGCGAUGGCCACAGUGACCAUUCCUUCAGGCUGUUCCUCUGGGCCCUGCCAGAGAAAAUCAGUUAGUUCUCCAACACUAGAAAGGUAAACUCACGGUUCCCGCUGAAUAACCACCAGGGAACCUGGCCAAGGAAACAAGGAAUUUUGGAAAACUCGCACCUGCACUUCUAUCCAGAACUGCCAUGCAGAAGCCCGGAGUCCAUGGGAAUAAAAUACAAAGUAGUCCCCUCCUUUACUCGUGACCGGUGUGCCAUUGCCAAGAGACCACUGAGACAGUGUUGACCCUUUAUGAGCUCGGACGUAGAAGGACAUAUGGCUUGGUCCUGUAAGAUAAGAGGAAAAAAGAACAGUUAUUCUUUUAAAACGUAUUAGUAAGAAAAGCAACUCACCCCAUUGUAGCCUUGUAGCACUUUAAAUAUGAGGGUACUUCAAAAAACUUGUAGAAAAAAUAGAAUUAAAAAAGUUAACUUUGGUUGCUUAAAAAAUUCAUGUAUAGCUUCUCCAUAAUACACAUUGUCUAGGAACUUUGUGAAGACCCAUGGUAUGCAUGGAUCACAAAAGCGUUAUACCAAAGUAAUCUAAUAUUUUAAUUAUCAUUCCACAAAGUUCUUUUUAGUCUCUUCAUACCUACCAAAUACAUAAAAAUUGAUCAGUUUGGACAUUCACCCUGUAUGAAGGUUAAACCAAGAACCACAGCAGAAAAGUCAGAGAAGCUACCUGAGAAAGCCUAAAUUAAGUUGUCCUAUCAUGCAAUUGCUACAUGCAUUAGGAAUUCACUUGGGGGCCAGCAUUGUGGUAUAGUAGGUGAAGUUGACAUCUGUGACAGCAAUGCUAUCUGAUGCUCCAGCUACUUCACUUCUGAUCCAGAUUCCUGCUAAUGUACCUGGCCAAAAUACUCAGGGUCAGCAUUGAGGCAUAAUGGGUUAAGCCAUCGCCUGCAGCACCAGCAUUCCAUAUGGGUGCCAGUUCAAUUUCCAGCAGCUCCACUUCCAGUCAAGCUCUCUGUUAGCAUGCCCAGGAAAACAGUAUGAGAUGGCCCAAGUCCUUGUGCACCUGCACUCAUGUGCAAGACCCAAAGGAAGCUCCUGGCUUUGACCUGGCCCAGCCCUGGCCACUGCAUCCAUUUGGGGAAUGAACCAGAAGAAGGUAGAUCUAUCUCUCCCUCCCUCUCUGUAGCUCCGCCUUUCAAAUAAAUAAAAGAAUUCACAUAAUCUGAGUCAGAAUUUCUUCACCUGUAAAGUAGUUGAAGUGUUGAAAAAGUUGUUAGUGCUAUAAAAGUACUGAGUAGACUAGUGAAGACGGUUACAAUUUUCAGUUGCUAUGUAACCCUUACAAGUUGUUUGCUUGCUGUCUGUUCCCUUUACAGAGCAGAGCAAACUUCAGCACAGUUCUAACAAUUCAGUCUUUGGGGACUUCCAGGAAAGUGACAGCAUGGGCUGGCAAAACAAAAUGAAACAAAAAUUAUAACCCUCAGCCUAAUAUGAACAUAUAACACCAAAAUUAAAAUACCCAUAAAUUUUUAAUUAUCAGGUUCUUAUGUUCAUUUCCACCCUCCUGUUGCUGCAAGGCUUUGUGGCAAGCAAUAGUAGGCAAAUAAGUUUAUGGUACAUCGGAAAAUACUGGUGUCCAGACACCACUUGAAAUCUGUCAGUCUUCAAAAACAAAGCUGCUGAGAGAGAGAGAAAGCUAAAAAGAAGGGGGGGGGGUAUCUUUGGUCACUUGGGCGAUAACGUUGAAAAAAAGAUAAAAGAGGAGAUAUAUUAUACAGCCACAGUACAAGACUGCGCUAGUGCUUGGGCACCUGCACCCACGUGAGAGAGCCAGAAGCAGCUAUUGUGGCUGUUGUGAACCAGCAGGUGAAGAUCUCUGCCUCUCCCUCUCUAACUCUGCCUCUCAAAUCUGUGUUUAAAAAAAAAUAAAUACAUACAUAUAUUUAUUUAUUUCAAAGUCAGAGUUACAGGGAGAUACUGAUCUUUUCAUCUGCUGGAUCAUUCCCUAAAUGGCAAUGGCCAGGCAGGGUUGGGCCAUCUGCUGCUGCUUUCCCAGGUGCAUUAGCAGGGAGCUGGAUUGGAAGUGGAGCAGCCGGGAAUUAAAUUGGUGCCCAUAUGGGAUAUUGGUGUCGCAGGCAGCUGCUUUACCCACUGUGCCACAACGCUGACCCCCAAGUGAAGGAUUUUCAGUAUAUCCAAAUGUAUUUCCAAACAUCAAGGUGAGAGUGGAAGACAAAGGUACAAUUGUUAUAUGGCAGAGGAAACCAGAGGGGGAAAGGAAAAGUGAAUAAGCAAACUGUAGUAUCGGCUACUCGGCGGGAACUAACACAGGCCAUUGUGGUGUAGCAGGUUAAGCUACCUCCUGCAACAGUUUAGCAGGUUCCUGGCUUCAACCUAACCUGGCCCAGCACUAACAUUUUUCUGAAUAGACCAUAAAGUUCCUUACUGUUUAUAAUUUAUCACCAUUAAUAAUUUUACAUUCAGGGGCCAGUGUUGUGGCAUACCAGGUUAAUCCAUGUCCUGUAAUGCCAACAUCUCACAUGGGCGCCAAUUUGAACUGCUCCACUUCUGAUCCACCUCCCUACUAAUGCACUUGGGAAAGCAGUGGAAGAUGGCCCAAGUGUUUGGACACCUUCACCCAUGUGGGAGACCACGAAGAAGCUCCUGGCUUCCACCUGGCCAGGCCCUUUGCCAUUGCAGCCAUUUGAGGAGUGAACCAGUGGAUGAAAGCACUCUAUCUCUCCCUAGCUCUGCCUUUCAAAUAACUUAAAAAGCAAUAAAAGCUGACAUAGAAAUAGGUUGACUUCAAUAAGAGAUAACAAAUAUAAACCUUUGUCCACAAUAGCCAGGAUUGGGCCAGGAACAGAAGCCUGGAAAUGGACUCCCACAAAGGUAGCAGGAAUCCAAGCACCCAAGCCAUCACCUGCUACCUCCCUUGGUCAGGAAGCUGGAAAUGGAAAGAGCCCAGAACUUGAAACCUGGCACUCAAACAUAGGAAGCAAGCACCCCAAACAGCCUCUUAAUACUGCAGCAAAUGCUCACCCCCGAAACAGCAAAACAACCUCCAUCUGGAAGGUAGUAAGUUUUAGGUAAGACUGAUCGGUGAAAAAGGGAGAACAAAGUGAAGUGACGAAAUCUUUUAAGCAGUGUUAACAGGAAAACAAUCUCCACAUACAGAUGUAUGAAACUAGACCCCUACCUGACACUUUAGACAAAAAUCCACUCAGAAUGGAUCAGAUACCUAAAUCUAUGACCUGGUAUCAUCAAAUUACUAGAGAACAUUGGAGAAACUCUUCAAGACAUUGGCAUAGGAAAAGACUUCUUGGGAAAGGCCCCAGAAGCACAGGCCAUCAAAACCAAAAUGGACAAAUGUGGUUACAUCAAACUGAGAAGUUUGUGCACUGCGGAGAAACACUGCGAAGUAAAGAAGCAACAGACAGAAGGGAGAAAUUAUUUGCAAACUGUGCAACUGGUAAAGGAAUAAACCCAGAAUCUAUAAAGCUCAACAAACUCAACAAAACAAUCCAGUUAGGAAAUGGGCAAAGGACUUGAACAGGCAUUUUUAAAAAGAGGAAAUUCAAAUGGCCAGACAUUUGAGAAAAUUCUCAGGAUCACUAGCCAUCAGGGAAAUGCAAAUCAAAACCACAGUGAGGUUUCACCUCAUCCUAGUUAGAAUGGCUCUCAUACACAAAUCAAAAAAUGCUGGAGAGGAUAUAGGAAAAAAGGUGCCCUAAUCCACUAUUGCUGGGAGUCUAAACUGGUCUAGCCACUGUGGAAGGCAGUAUGGACAUAGUUCAGAAAGCUUAAUAUAGACCUUCCAUAUGAUCCAGUCAUCCCAGUCCUGAGAACUUAACUUUUAUAUGCUGAUUUCUUUUUGUUUACCUGUACCCCCAUAUUCACUGCAGCUCAAUUCUCAAUAGCUAAGAUAUGGAAUCAACCCAGAUGUCCACCAACUGAUGACAGGAUAAAGAAACUACACUACAGCGCACUAUUCAAUUUCUUCUUUUUUUUGUUACAGUAAUCACUUGCAACAAAAUGGAUGCAACUGGAAAACAUUAUACUUAGUUAAAUAAAGCCAAUCCCAAAAAGACAUCAUGCUUUCCCUGAUCUGGGGUCACUAUUUAAUAGAGUACCUAAAAUGUAAUGUAUUGGAGUAAAAUGGACAUUUUGAGAUUCGAUGAUUGUUUACAGCCCUUGUCUCUUCUGCUGAGGAACAGUGUUUUGUCCUCUCCUGCCCCCAGAAAAACCUUUCAUUUAAGGAAUACAAACUUCAUGCAUUUCAUAAAUACAACUUUAGCAGCAUAGUGUUUCUUCCCACCAAAUCCGCCCGCCCUCCCACAGCUCCACUAUUCCCUCUAUGCUUCCUCCUCCUCUUUUUUUUUUUUUUACUAAGAUCUAUUUUCAAUUAACUUUAUAUACAGAAGAUUAUACUAAGUAAAGAUUUCAAGUUGUUUAAAAAAAAGAAACUUGGACAGUUGAGACAAAGACUGAAACAGUUUCUUCAUACUAUUUGUGGAACUCUUUACUUAGGGUUAACCUAACGAUCAUUAAGUGAACUGAAAAUAGAUCUCUGUAAAAAUAAGAGUGGGAAUUGGAGAGAGAGGAACAAUAAGGGUUGGGGGGGGGAGAAUAUCAUGUUCCUAAAUCUAUAUAUGCAAUACAAGAAACUUGUAUAAUUUAAAUUGUUCUAAGAAGAGCAAAACUCAUGGCAAUAGGUAUUCUUUCAGAAAAGUAAAACAGAAAAAGCAGUGGAAGAGGAGUUUGUGAUGGAAAAAGUUUCAGGUUUUUUAAUUAGGUGAUCUAAUAGAUAACAGGUUGCUCAAAAUAAUAGCAACAGUGUGUGUGAUUAUGUAUACAUGUAUGUUUCUACACAUACACACAUGCUUAUGUACAAGUGAAAUGAAUGACAGUGACAAUACAAGGGAUGGGAAAGGGGAGAAAUUAGGAUUAUUUUGUUUUUAUAAAGUAGUCACACUACCUGUGAAGCAGUAUGUGUUAUUGGAAAGUAGGCUUGGAUUAGUUGUAAACUGCAAAGUCUAAGGCAACCACUCACUAAGAAAAGUUUUUUAGUAAAAAGUAAAUGAAGAGAAAAUAAAUAUUUUAAAUAUCCAAUUAAAAGUACAGGGGCGGGGCCUGCAUUGUGGCAGUGCUUCCCCGACAGUGCUGGCAUCCCUUAUGGGCUCCAGUUUACAUCUCACUUGCUCAACUUCUGAUCCAGCUCCCUGCUAAUAUUCCCGGGAAAGCAGCAAAGAAUGGCCCAAGUGCUUGGGCCCCUGCACCAACAUGGGAAAUGAGGAGGAAACUCCCAUCUUCGGCUUGGCUGGCCACUCCCUGAACAUUGUGGCAAUUCAGGGAAUGAACCAGCAGAUGGCAGCUCUCCCUCUCCCUCCCUCUGUAACUCUUCCUUUCAAGUAAGUAAAAUAAACCUGAAAAGAAAAAGCACAUAAGUAGGCAGUUUCAUGGAAGUUCAGCUACCACUUGGGAUGCCCACAUCCCACAUCAGAGUGCCUGGAAUAGAGUCCUGCCUCCACUUCUUCCAGACUGGCUUCCUGCUAAUGUACCUGGCAGGCAGCAGAUGACGCAUGGCCCAAGUAAAUACUUUUUUUUUUAAGUUUUAUUUAUUUGAAAGAGUAAUAGGGGGAGAGAGAGAAAUCUUCCUCUACUGGUUCUCUCUCCACAUGGGUGUGACAGCCAGAGAUGGGCCAGGCCAAAGCCAGAAGCCAGGGGCUUUUUCUGGGUCUCCUAUACUUAAUUUUUAAAAACCCAAAAAUGGCAGAAAAAUGGAAGACAAAAACAGGAACAACGGCAACAAAGAGAAAAUAGUAACAAAUAUGGCAUAUAAUCCAACUGCAUCAUAAGUCACUUUGAACAUCAAUGUUUUUGUUUGUUUGUUUGUUUGUUUUGACAGGUAGAGUGGACAGUGAGAGAGAGAGAGAGAGAGAAAGAUCUUCCUUUUGCCGUUGGUUCACCCUCCAAUGGCCGCUGUGGCCGGUGCACCGCGCUAAUCCAAUGGCAGGAGCCAGGUACUUCUCCUGGUCUCCCAUGGGGUGCAGGGCCCAAGCACUUGGGCCAUCCUCCACUGCACUCCCUGGCCACAGCAGAGAGCUGGCCUGGAAGAGGGGCAACCGGACAGAAUCCGGCGCCCCAACCGGAACUAGAACCCGGUGUGCUGGCGCCACAAGGUGGAGGAUUAGCCUAGUGAGCCGCGGCGCCGGCCAAAACAUCAAUGUUCUAAAUGCAACGUGAAGUAGGGGCCUUGCAUUGUGGUACAGUGGGUUAAGCCACUGCCUGUGAUGUUAGCAUCCCAUAUCAAAGGACAGGUUCCAGUCCCAACCACUGUACUUCUGAUCUAACACCAUGCAAACACACCUGGGAAAGCAGAAGCUGGCCCACGUACUUAGGCCACUGCCACCCACAUUGGGGGACCCAGAUGUAGAUCCUGGCUUUGGCCUGGCCCAGUGCCGGCUGCUGCGGCCAUUUGUAGUAUGAGCCAGCAGAUGGAAGAUCUUUCUCCAACUCUCCCUCUGUCACUCUGCCUUUCAAAUAAACAUUUAAAAUAAAUGGUCAGCAUGUGCAAUAAAAUAAGACCCAACUGCAUACUUACAAGAAACAUUUUUAAAUUUAAGACAUAUAGGUUCUUAUAUGUUGUAAAAGAUUUAUUGGAAAGGCAGAGGUAUGGAGGUGUGGGGGGCGGGCUUCCAUCCACUGUUCACUCCCCGGAUGGCUACAACAGCCCAGACUGGGCCAGGACAAAGCCUCACCAUUUGGGUCCCCUAAUUGAGUGGCAGGGCCAAGCACUUGGGCUACCUUCUGCUGCUUUCCUAGAUGCAUAUGGGGGGAGGGGGGUUAGAUCAGAAAGGAGCAGCAAGGACUUAAAUGCCUAUGUGGGAUACAGGUGUUGCAGGCCGUGGCUUAUCCCACUCUGUGACAACACUGCCCCAAGAUACAUAUAGAUAAAAACUAAACGGAUGGAUGGAGAAAGAUAUACCAUGCUGACAUCAAUCAUAAGAAAACUUGAGAAGUGAAUUAAUUUUAGAUAAGUCAGACUUCAGAGGAAAGAAUAUUACCAGGGACAAAGAGGGGCUUUAUUUAGUGAUAAAGUGGCAGUUCUCUAAGAUGCUGCAAUCCUCUCUAUGUAUGGCCCUCACUCCAGACCACAGAAGUUGAGACAAAAACACCUCCAACUGAAGGAGCAGUCGGCAAAUUCACAGUUAAAGUUGGUGACUUCAACACCCCUCCAUCAGUAAUCAGCAAAUACAACAGGCAGAGAAGUAGUAAGAAUACAGUUGAACUGAUCAACUGGAUAUAAGUGACAUUCAUAGAAUCAUCAUCAGAAGCGUACACAUUGUUUAAGAUCACCUGGAAUAUGCACACCAGGAGACCACACUCUGUACCAUACAGCAAAACUUAGCAAAUUUUGAAUAAAAAUCAGGAAAAUAUGCUAAAAUUCAAGCCACAAUCAAAUUAGUAUUAAAAAAAAAAAAAAGCUAUGGGGUAGGCACUUAGCUUAGCAGUUAAAAUACCUGCAGUCCCUUAUGUGAAUACUUGGAUUCAGUAUCACAUUCUGGCUCCCGAUUCCAGCUUCCUGCUAACGCAGACCCCGGGAAGUAGCAAUGAUAACCCGAGUGACGGGAUUCCGGCCACUCAUGUAGGAAACCUGGAUCGAUUUCCCAGCUCCUGGUUUUGGCCCAGCCACUAUAGGUGGACAUUUGGGGAGUGAACCAGUCGAUGGGAAGUUUUCCUUUUCUCAGUCUCUUUCCUGUAUAUGUGUGUCGUCCUCUCUGCAUGUCAAAAAAAAGGCGGGGGCAGGAAAUCUCCAUGUAUUUGGAGAUUAAAGAACCUAUUUCUAAACUUACACAUGGGCCCAAACAACUGGGAAAUUAAAAAAAAAUAAAUUAAAAUUAAAGUACAACUUAAUCAAUUUGUGAGAUGGAGCGCACAUAGAAGGAAAUUUACAGCACUCAAUGAGUGUAUUAGAAAAAGUGACCCAAAAAUCAAUAAUCUGUUUUUACUUUAGCAAAUCAUAGAAAAAGAACAAGUUAAAUCCAAAGUAGAGUGAAAAAGAUAAUAAAACUAGAGCAGAAACCACUUGAAACAGGACUCAGUAGAAAAAAAAAAUCAACUAAACCAAAAGCAGUUCUUGGAAAAAGCCAAUAAAAUCAGUAAGCCUUUAGCCAGGUUGUACUUUUUGCUCACUUUUUCUAAACUGCUCUGAAAAAUUCAAUCUAUUAAAUUUGUUUUAAGAAAUCAUAACAAGCUUUAAUUGCUUUUAGAAACAUUGUAAGCUCUUCUUGAUGUGCUUGCCUUUGAUAUAUUUGAGAGAAACACAUGUAAUUAAAAAGUGGAAGGAGAGGAAAAAAAUGGUCAUAUGACUUACCUGUUGCUUCAAAAGUCAACUUUACAGAAUCCCAAGGUGUCUGUUCUUUGGAUAUAAGUCUGAAAUGAGCAGGAUUUCUCGGAGAAACUUCUGGGGCAGGAAGAUACCAGUUUUUCCUAUUUGAAAAGUUAGCAUCACUAGUUAGGAUGCCUUAUCAAUUCAUAACAACAAUUAAUGGGAGUGUUCAGAAUAUGUGAACACAUUCUGGGGUAUGAAAAUAAAUUCUGAUGCCAAUUCCUAUGAAACCCAGGUUAUUGUGUAGUAAAUACUUCCUGUGUUAAGAAUACAGUGGUUUACCUAGGUGACCUUAAUUCCACUACCCAUCCUUCUUUCUUAUUCAAUUCUUUACUGUCAAACCUUUAAAAAACUUUCAAAAAACAAUACAAUUUGAGAUAGAUUUUUAAUUGCUAGCUGUUACUUUGGGAAGAUGACCAUUUUUAACUGCUCAUAUUUCUACAGGAAAGAGUUUUUAAAUUUGGCAAACGAAGCUACUCUUUUGAGUGCUUUAUUCCACUAAAGAAAUGGAAAUUCUGUAGUGAUAGAAAAAAAGUCCUUGUAUGUCAAGGGUAACAGUUUAAACAAUACUGAUACUGUGGUAAGACCUGAGAACAAACGAAUCCCCUGGUGAAGGAGGAAAGUAGUGAACCUACCUGAUCAGAAAGUGCACCGGCAGAUACCAAGGGAAACCACAGAGGGGCGCGUCCUCCUCACAGUGAGCGCGGAUGGUGUCAUUGAUCUCAGGGAUGUGUGGCGUUAUAUGCGACAUGCCAGUGUAAUCAAAACCAUUAAUCCAUAUUCCAGAGUCUCGUCUAACUACUUUUCCUUCCAGGUCAUGAAAUACUCUAGUCACGUGCUGAAAAUAAGAUUGAUAACCAACUGUUGUGUCAACCAGUUCACCUACAUCCCUACCCUAGAUUGGCAAAAAUGAAUGAGUAUGACUAAAUGCCAACAAAGAAGGUGGACGUGGGACAACAGAAGGGGGAUACUCGGGAUUUCUAAGGUACUACAGGCAUUCCUUCUUUCAAAUGGUCAAUGGAUAUAUGCAUGGUUGUUUCAUUGUAUCUAAUGUACAUAUUUAUGAGAAUUUAAAUUUCAUAUAAAAACUUUUCAAAAUCUGCUACUUUGGAUUUAAACAACAUACAUGUCAGAACUCCCCUUAUCUGAAGAUUUAAAAUAAAACCCCCAAGCACAUACAGACAUAUACACACGCUUCCCUUCCAGUGUGUUCCAUGAAGCUAUUUCAUAUGCCAAGAAAACCAGGAUCACAGCUCACCACUAAGUGACAGCCUUGUGCCUAACAGAAUGCUGUGAAAGGCACUGUGCUUCAUUUAGGAUAGUUUUAUUAGCAGAAACCACCCUGAAGAAUAGCAAACAGGAGAUGAACAAUGAUUACACAGGGCAGGGCCUGGCGACGGUAGCCGACAGGUGUCACCCGCUGUUUCUUCAUUGAAACAUAGCAGAUUGCCUUUAGGUAUUCUCUGUGCCUCCUUCUGCUCUAAAACAGUAGCAGUGGCACGGACUGUAUAGGUACAAACUGAACAUGUUGUUUCCUUGCCCUUUAAAGGAAAAAUUUGCCAACUUGUAGCACAGGGGGAAAAAAGAACCCCUAGACGAAUUAGAACAGGACUUUUUAAAAUUAAAACAGCUCUGGGCCAGCCUUGUGGCAUAGGUUAAGCCUCUGCCUGUGACGCUGGCAUCCCAUAUGGGUGCCCGUUCAAGACCCAGCUGCUGCAGCCAUUAGGGUAGUGAACCAGCAGAUGGAAAAUCUCUCUCUCUAUCUGGUUCUAACUCUGCUCUUCAAAUAAAUUUUUUUUUUAAGAUUUAUUUACUUGAGAGGUAGAGUUAGAGAGAGGGGGGCCAGCACCGCAGCUCAAUAGGCUAAUCCUUCGCCUGCGACACCGGCACCCCGGGUUCUAGUCCCGGUCCAUGCGCUGGAUUCUGUCCUGGUCGCUCCUCUUCCAGUCCAGCUCUCUGCUGUGGCCCGGGAGUGCAGUGGAGGACGGCCCAAGUGCUUGGACCCUGCACCUGCAUGGGAGACCAGGGGAAGCACCUGGCUCCUGGCUUCAGAUCAGCGCGGUGUGCUGGCUGCAGCAGCCAUUGUGGGGUGAACCAAUGGAAAAGGAAGACCUUUCUCUCUGUGUCUCUGUCCACUCUGCCUGUCAAAAAAAAAAAAAAAAGAGGGGGAGACAGACAAAGAUUUUCAGUCCACUGGUUCACUCCCCAAAUGGCCACAAAGGCCAGAGCUGGGCCAACCCAGAGGCAGGAGCUUCUUCGGGAUCUCCCCAGCACUUGGGUGGUCCUGUACUGCUCUCCCAGGCCACAGCCAAGGGCUGAAUUGGAAGAGGAGCAGCCGGGACAUAAGCUGGUGCCCAUAUAGGAUGCUAGUACCUGCCUCAGAAAUAAAUCUUUAAAAAUAAAAAACUAGGUUUUUCUUAAAUACUGUUAACAGGAUUAUUAAAAUUAGCAUGUCACUGAAAACACACUAAGAGUCCUAAAAACUUUUCCUCGCUAAAAGCUUUUGAAGUUAGAAAUUUAUCAUCAUAUAUCCCUUAGGACAACAAACAAGAAACAGUGGGCCUCUCUCCACAUCUCCAACAGAGAUGACUGGAAAUGAGGCUUACAGCUCUAACGGCACCAACUCUGAAAAGUUUAGAGACAAACUGAAAGCAAAAGGAAGUUCUAAAUCUCUUACUAAUCCAUUUCUAAGAUACUAUAUUUCCAUUAUCACAUAUUUGAAUGUUACUUGAAAUCAAUGUUACUACCAUUUUCAAAUAAACACUUUGCCAGUUUGCAGUUCAGAACUUGGUUUGGUUUGUAGACAUUCUGACACUUUUUCUAACAGCUCAUCAUUCCCUGAUACAGACUGUUUCCCACACACUGAAGUUUGAUCAUUUCUACAGUACAAAAACAUGUGAACAUGUCCAGUUCCAUCUCUGGGAGAACUACACCGUCCAGCUGCUAAGAAUGCCCUUGAUAACCAGCCUUUCUCAUUGUCCCCCCCCCACCCCACACACACAGUGAAUACAGUGAACCAGGGCAGCAGCAGCAGUCAGCAGAGCUGGCUACACCGGUGCACAUUCAAGGUUCUCCUUUCCUGAACCUCAGAUAGCUCAGCUGAGCUGGCUCUUCCUUACCUGAAGGAACACCCUCUUUGGCUUUGGACUGGCAGGACUGGAGGAAUAUGGGAAAAAAGUUCCACUGCAAACCAAGAGGAACGUAACUGCACACACCAGAGUUAAAGACAGCAUGGUUUUUUUGGUGCUUUUGGCAAGGUAGAUGAAGUUAAU